AUGUCUCUUCCUAUUGAUACUACAAAUAUAAUAAAUGUCCCUUUUCCCCCAUCUAUUAGUGUAGAUGAGAUCAUAGAAAUGCAUUUAAAAAAUGAUAUUAAGAAUGUUAAUCAAACUAUGAAUUCAUUUAUGAUUUAUCGAAAAGAAUAUAAUAAUAUAGUUGCAAAAUUUAAUCUUUCAAGUAAAGAUGUAUCUAAAUUUGUCAGUAUUUCAUGGAAAAAUGAGCCGGAAGACGUCAAAGAAUAUUACCGACAGAUGGCAAAAAAUAUAAAAAAAUGUUUCAAAGAAAAGGUUCCUUCCCUUUGUUUCAUCAAUAGCAAUCAAGUAAAUAGUACAAAUGAUAAUCACAUCCCUUUAGAUAUUUCACUUAAUACGAAUCAUAAUUUUCAAAAUACUAAUUAUCCAUUUUUUUAUACGGAUCAAGCCAUCUAUUGUAUCCAACAAUUUAAAAAUGAAUGUCAGAAAUGUCUAAGUAUGGAUGAAGAUGAAUUUAUGAACCAUCUCUCUGAAGAUAUGGCAUUAACUUAUAAGGCAAUUAAACAAUCGUUAUAA